UGUGUACGUGGCACCAAAUGCGCAUGUACGGAAACGCAUGUCGGCAACCCGUACGUGGCAGAAAGUACGGUGUUAAUUUUGACUUUCUUCAUAUAAGAUCAUAAAAUCAACCUAAAUUUUUAAAAUAACAAAUCCGAAGAUCAGAUGGUUUGCGUCCAAGACAUAAUAAGAUUCUGAAAGUGAUUUAGUUAGAAUGAGUGCCCAAUAUCCAGGAAAUUAUGGGCAUCCACCACAAGGGUAUGGAAUGCCACCACCUGUAAACAAGGGAAAUAUGCCACCAAAUCUACCAGGACAGAGUGGCAUAAUUGGUCCACCAGGUGGUAAACCGGCUAUGUUUAAUCCAAAUCAGGUACAGAAUGGGCCGCCUGGUCCUCCAGGACCACAAGGGGACAAUAGAUUUGGUGCCGCAAGGGGUGCUAUGCCAGGCCAACCUCCAGUUGGUCAAUUUAAUGGAGUAAGUGGAGCGCCCCCUAUGAGAGGUCCUCCACCCCUAGGUCAAAUGACCCCGGGUGCCCAACCACCUAAUACCCAGUUUAGCGGAAUGAAGAUAUCGGAUCAGCAUGGUCCACCGCCACCUAUGGGUCAAAAUUCUCAGCAUGGACAGAACUUUCCUUCUAACAGAAAUGCACCUCCUCCCAUGGGUGGACCACCAACAAGUACUGCGACUUUUCAAGGUGGGAUGGGACCUCCAAGGAUGGGCCCACCUCCAACAAGUAUGGGUCCACCCCCAACAAGUAUGGGUCCACCCCCAACAAGUAUGGGUCAUACUCCAACAAAUAUGGGCCCACCUCCAACAAGUAUGGGUCAUGCUCCAACAAAUAUGGGCCCACCUCCAACAAGUAUGGGUCAUGCUCCAACAAAUAUGGGUCCUCAUAAUAUGGGACCUCCAACAAGUAUGGGACAACCUCUGAGUAGUAUGGGCCCUCCACAAAAUAUGGCAAUGCCUCCAACAAACAUGCGUCCAACCCAAGGAAUGGGCCAUCUUCCAAAUAUGGAUCCUCCACAAGGAAUGGGUCCACCUCCUUCAAGAAUGGGCCUCCCUCAAAGUAUGGGUCACCCACCAAGUAAUACAUCAGCUCCACCAGUGGGUGGACCUCAUCAAAACUUUGGUAUGCCUCCAAAUUCAGGUGCUUCACAGUUUAGUGGUGGGCCUCCACCACCAUCAGGAUUUAAUCUGUCACCAGGACCUGGGGGAUUCCCACCUCCUGGUCAUACACAUGGUCCUCCACCAACAAGUAUGGGUGGAAUGGGAACAGUACCACCAUCUAGUCAAUAUAAUGCUUAUAGUGGUAUGCCAGGUCAACAGCAACCACAUGAUCAGUUUGGUCAAGCACCUUAUAAUAAUCAAUUUAGCAGUCAAAGGCCAGCUCCUCAACAACAACAACCACGAAAAUUAGACCCUGAUCAGAUGCCUAGUCCGAUUCAAGUAAUAGAAGAAGAUAGAAGAAACAGAAGUGAUCUUUUUGUUACAAAUGCUAAAGGUGCCGUUCCUCCAUUGGUUACCACAGACUAUUCUGUACAGGACCAAGGGAACUGUAGUCCACGAUUUAUGAGAUCAACCAUGUAUAAUAUACCAUGCACAUCUGAUAUUUUAAAAACUAGCCACAUACCUUUCUCCCUCACAGUCACACCAUUUGCUAAAUUAAAGCCUCAAGAGUCUGAACCUCCAUUAGUUGAUUUUGGAGAGUUGGGACCAGUAAGAUGUAAAAGAUGUAAGGCCUAUAUAAACCCUUUUAUGCAAUUUAUUGAUGGUGGACGACGAUUUCAGUGUGUAUUUUGUGGCUGUUCUACUGAUGUACCAAAUGAAUAUUUUGCCCAUUUAGACCACACAGGACGAAGAGUGGAUUGUUAUAAUCGAGCAGAACUGUGUCUUGGUUCAUAUGAGAUGACAGCUACCAAAGAUUACUGUAAAAACAGUGUAGUGCCAAAAGAACCUGCGUUUAUAUUUAUGAUAGAUGUGUCUUAUAAUAGUGUCAAGAGUGGUCUAGUUAAUCUUAUCUGUGAAAGAUUAAAAAAUGAUAUUUUGGUCAAUUUACCGAAAGAGGUAGAUGCAGAAGAAUCUGAAAUCAGAGUUGGGUUUGCAACAUAUGGCAAAGAGUUACACUUUUACAAUGUAAAGGGAUCUUUAGCUCAACCUCAGAUGUUAGUAGUAUCAGAUUUAGAGGAUGUAUUUGUACCAUUAUUAGAUGGUUUUCUCGUUAAAUUAUCAGAAUCAUCAGCAGUUAUUGACAGUUUAUUGGCUCAAAUACCACAAAUGUUUGCUGAAUCACGAGAAACUGAGUUGGUAUUAGGUCCUGUUAUACAAGCUGGUUUAGAUGCUUUGAAAUCAGCUGAAAGAUCGGGUAAACUGUUUAUAUUUCAUACAUCAUUACCUAUUGCUGAAGCUCCCGGAAAGCUUAAAAAUAGAGAUGAUAGAAAAUUACUUGGUACAGAUAAAGAAAAGACAUUAUUGUCCCCUCAAAAUAAUUUUUACACAAAACUUGGUGAGGAGUGUGUUGCUGCUGGUUGUUGUGUUGAGAUGUUCCUGUUUCCCAAUUCAUAUGUUGAUAUAGCUACUUUAGGAGAAAUAUGUCGUAUUACUGGUGGCAAUAUGUACAAAUAUAGUUACUUCCAGGCUGAUAUCGAUGGAGAUAGAUUUUUAGAAGAUCUUUCACGCCAAGUUCAGCAUUCUAAAGCUUUUGAUGUUAUAUUAAGAGUUAGAACAAGCACAGGUAUUCGACCUGUGGAUUUCUAUGGUAAUUUUUAUAUGGCUAAUACAACUGAUGUAGAAAUAGCUGCUUUAGACUGUGAUCAAGCAAUCAACGUUGAAAUCAAACAUGACGACAAACUAUCAGAAGCUGAUGGAGCUUAUGUACAGGUUGCUAUUUUAUUUACCAGUGUCAGUGGUAAAAGACGUUUAAGACUUCAUAAUUUAUCAUUUAAUUGUUGUUCACAAAUGGCUGAUCUUUUCCGUAGCUGUGAAUUGGAUACCUUGGUUAAUUAUUUUUCAAAACAAGCUAUCCGAAAUAUGUUAAAUACUAAUCCAAAACAAGUUCGUGAAUAUAUUAUGAAUGAAGUGUCCCAGAUAUUAGCAUGUUAUAGAAAGAAUUGUGCCAAUCCUUCGUCUGCUGGUCAAUUAAUAUUACCUGAGUGUAUGAAGUUAUUACCAUUGUAUUCUAAUUGUAUUAUUAAAAAUGAUGGAAUACAAGGAGGUUCAGAAAUAUCAACAGAUGAUAGAAGUUAUCUAACUCAUCUUAUAAAUAGUAUGAGUGUUGAAUCUUCUAGUGUUUUCUUCUAUCCUAGAUUGUUACCACUUCAUAAUGUAGAUACAGAGACUAAAGAAUUACCAUCUGCUAUAAGAUGUUCAACAGAUAGAUUACAAGAUGAUGGGGUAUAUUUACUUGAAAAUGGAUUAUCUAUGUUUUUGUGGAUUGGUCACAAUGUGCAACCAAAAUGGGUACAAAGUGUAUUUGGUGUAAAUAGUGCUGCACAGAUUGACAUAGACAAGUGUCAGUUGGUAACCAUGGAUAAUCCAGUAUCACAGAGGCUAGCAGAAAUUAUAAAAGAGAUCAGAAUGGAUAGACACAGAUAUUUAAAAUUAACUAUAGUGAGGCAAAGAGAUAAACUUGAAGCCUGGUUUAAUCAUUUCUUGGUGGAAGAUAAAGGAUUAAAUGGAAGUGCCUCUUAUGUUGACUUUCUCUGUCAUAUACACAAAGAAAUUCGAAAUAUUCUCAGCUAAAAUAUUUCAACAUUGGUGCAAAACUAAAAACAUUUGUUAUAUGAACAUCAUCAGAAACGACAUGUAAAUAACAUUAAGAUCAUUUAUAACAUGCGAUGUAUAUGAUAGCUAUAAUAACAUCAGUUGUAUUAUAAAAUGUAGUAAAACCAAUUCAAAUCUUAUAAUUGUUUCUUUGCAUCCGUUAUCUGAUAAUGAAUUAACUGGAGUCAUCAUUGGACUUUGUUUCUUACAUCAUUUUAUUGGAGAACCUAAUGUCCUUGCCAUUAUUUAAUAUGUAGAUAUAAAUGUACGGUGAUACAUGUAUAUUAUAAAAGUAGAAUUGAAUUUUAUUCUCUUAGAGAAGGUUGUUAAUCAUUGUAAAUAUGUAAAAUAUGUGUGUGUUAUAUUGUAAUUAUGUUAAAAAAAGAGAAUUAAUUUCAUGUUUCUUUCUGUUAAUAGAUGUUUUUCCCUUACUUAUUUCUUUACUGUCAAAUAUAUUUAUUUUCUAUUUGGUUUGGACAUUGUUGAUAAAUUACUCUUCAGACUCUUAAAAAAAUGUGUGAAAGGAUAAAAAAAAGAUAAAUUCUAUUUUACUGUUGUCAGUGGCUAAAUUCAGAUUGGUUAUAUGUUGAUCUGUUUGUAAUUUUCACUUCUGCAAUAAAAUGUUAUAUAUUGAUGCUAUCAUGAAUAAUAAAAAAAAUCAAAACUGAAA